AUGAGCAGGAUGCAACCGGAGCUGAAGCUACGGCUGAAGGCGCUGCAGGCGCCGAUGGAAUCGCCACUCAACAAGGGCCACCAAAGCAAUGGAUCCGAGCCCCCCAAUGACGCCACGCUGCGGAAUACUCCUUGUCCCAUUUGCCAGGAGAAGUUCGAGCCCACAUGGUCCGAAGAAGAGCAGGACUGGAUCUGGCAGGACGCCGUGCGAGUCGGGCCUCGAAUCUACCACGCCAGUUGCUACAAUGAAGUGACUAAGGAUGGGCCUGCGCGCAAUCCAGAACCGCAAGCAAGAACCAGCACGCCAGAUUCCGUACUAGGGAAACGCAAAGCAGAGGUAUACUCGAAAAGCCACCGGGGGCAUCGCCGACAGUAUAUCUCCCUCCCAUACCCUGUACUACCAGCGCUCUCACACCUCUCGACAGCGUUCGUUCGCGAUCUCCUCCUAGAUCCCAAGGCCCGUGAUGCCGGUGACGUUGCCCACCAGGUUGCCGCCGUUGCCUCGUCCUCUUCCAAGGAAAGAGCAGAGCAAUUCAUUUCGAGCGUUGGCAUACCCGGCCCCUGCGCCGCGUAUGGCUCGUACGAGGAACUUGCAGCCGAUCCGAACGUUCAGGUGGUCUACGUCGCAAGCCCUCACUCUCACCACUAUCAGAAUGUGAUGCUCUUACUGGAAGCUGGCAAACAUGUUCUUUGCGAGAAGGCCUUCACUGUCAACGCAGCUCAGACUCGAAUCUUGUGCGAGACCGCUAAGAAGAAGAAUCUGUUCCUCAUGGAGGCUGUCUGGACUCGCUACUUCCCGCUCAGUAUCCAGGUCCGCCAGCUGAUCCAGCAGGGUGCCAUCGGUGAAGUGCUGCGUGUCGUAGCUGAUACAAGCUUCGGGGAUGACGUCGAAAAUACAUUCCCGCCUUCACACCGUAUGGUGAACCCCGAUCUGGCCGGUGGCGCUCUAUUAGAUUUGGGUAUCUACUCUCUGACCUGGGUGUUCCAAACUCUCUACCACACUCUGCCCAAAGAACAGAGGAAGGCUCCCGCCGUCACCUCUCAAAUCACUCCCUACCACCUCACGGGGGCUGAUGAGUCUACCAGUAUCUUGCUGAGCUUCCCUACAUCUACCCCAAGCAAUGAUUCUCACCCUAAGCGCUCCCAAGGUGUAGCCUUGACCAACAUCCGUUGUGCAGGCGAUCCAGAUGAACAGGGCACUGCAGGACCCAACAUCCGCAUUCAGGGCACUAAAGGUGAGAUCCAGGUCUUCGGGAAUCCUUUCCGUCCUACCAAAUACCGUGUCAUUCCCAAGAAGGGCCUGGGAGCAGUGCGCGAUGUCGAAUGCCCAUUUCCGGCGGGAGGUCGCGGUAUGUACUGGGAGGCAGACGAGGUAGCCCGCUGUCUCAGAGACGGUAGGUUAGAGAGUGCAGGUAUGCCGUGGGAGGAGAGUAUAGUCAUCAUGGAGGUUAUGGAUGAGGUCCGCAGACAGGGUGGCUUGAAGUACCCCGAGUCUAUCGAGUCCACCAAGUACCCGUUGCAGCUGUAG